AUGGCUCCCUCCAGCUCCGCCGCUCUUCUGGUCUUCUGCCUCACGGGCGUCCUCCUGCAGCAGCUCGUGGCUGGAGGUCCCAGUUCGCUGGCCUCAGGGAUUGGAGGUGCACACACGGCCAACCGCUUUGCAAACACGGAGGGCUGUGAUUUCGAAGAAACGAACGCUAUCACUGGGACGCCCCAAGGAAACCUGCCAACUGGCAGCUACCUUUCUUACGUGCCCUGCCACCUGUUCGGCACCCCGCUUAAGGACUAUGGGUUCCCUGGCUACAUCUACGCAUUCAAUACACAUUGCCUCUCGUGCCCCGUCGGGCAGGCGGGCUGCACGUGCGACUUCAGUUGCACAGACGCCGUUGAAUUUGGCCUGAGCAACUUUUUCAACGGGGGAUAUACGUACUACACUCACAUCAGCUGCCAAUGCUCCAGCGACCCAACUCCUGGCGCCUGCAGCGAUCCUCACUUCGUCGGAGCCUAUGGUGUCAACUAUGACUUCCACGGUGUUCCUGGAAGAGACUUCACUCUGAUCACGGAUAAGGACCUCAACGUGAAUGCCCACUUCAUCGGCCAGGACGGGACGGAGACAGGCUUUGACGGGACCUGGAUGUCUGCACUCGGGGUCACGUGGACUCAGGAGGAUGGCGUCAUGCGCACCCUCACCAUCUCCCUGACUAGCGAGGUGGAGGAUCAGGCUCGCACGAGCGAGGCUGCUUUUGUCGUGGAGGUUGACGACGUACCGGUCGAAGAGCCCACUACCAUCCAGACUGCCGGUGGCACUUCUGACCACCUCCUUCACAAUGACGAGGGGCUGACAAUCACUCGCACCUUCGACGGCCGGAGCUUCACCCUCGACAUCCAUUCGCAAGGGACCUUGCACAUCAUGCUUGGACACCACAAGCACCCGGAGGGCAACCAUCUGGACUUCUCGUUGGAGAACUUGAACGUGACAGCAACCGUACAUGGCGCGUUGGGCCAAACCUUCGCCGAGUCGCACCGUACCGCCAUUCAGGAGGCCAUGUCUUUCGUCGGCUCCGGCGAGCGUGUCGACCAAAUUGACAUCGUUGAAGGGAAGGACGCCGACUACAUGACGUCAUCUCUGCUGGCGACAGACGCCCGCUUCAACCAUUACCAAGUUCCCAACGCCUUCUUGCCCAUGACCGUAGCCCGCAAGAUGCUAACGUUUGAGGACAGCUUUGGAGCUUCUAAGAAGAUUAUUGUUAACAAAAUCACUUGCACUGGGCGCUUCUCGUGCAGCGCCAUUGCCAGUGCCUUCUACUAA